AUGUGUCCUACUUUGAUUGUGGCCAUGUGUCUGUUUGAGUGGGUAGAGGAGAGGACGGGAAUUGAUCGAUUUCUUCUCUCCACAUUUCUCUCGGUGGUGAGAGAAUGGCGAAUGUUGGGUAGCAUCCUCGCCGUCUUGAAGUCAUCUUCUCCAAGUCCUACUAGGAUGGAGAUCAAAUACAGUACCAGCUUCUGGAAUUUGUUGGUCGUUGUUUUCAAGCUGGGUGGAGCAGCCUUUGGUGUUUCUUUCAUCAAAUGGAUAGCUUGCUCUGCUGCCAUGAAAGUGGUAAAUACAAAGAUAUUCAUUGUGGGGCUUUGUUAGCCAUUCCUGCGCUUGGAGUUGAUUCUAUUGAAGCUAAGAGAUACAUCAGUGGCGUAGCUUAAUGGCGAAUUUUACGGGCCAAUACCUUUUCCUUUUCAAUUGUAUGUGUCGGUGGAGCAAACAGUCAGUGAGAUCAUGCCCACGAAUUCUUCAAAAACUAGGAGAAAGGCACAGUUUCAAGCUGUUGAACUGGAAAGAACAACCAAACAACUAAAGGAGACACUGGAAAUUUCUAGCGAAAGAAGUUAUUAAAUAAAUCACCGCUCAGUCAUGAUUACGUUGCCCCUUCUUCGACCACAUUUAACUCUCCCAACAGUAGAGAAACAGAGCCUUCUGUCUAAAAAAACUGUCCCAGCGUUUUCUGAGGGACCAGAACACCUGUUUUUGGUGGUGAAAUUUACCUACACCAAGCAAAUCAAGCUGCUGAAUCGAUAAAUAUAAUCAGCACUCUCACAACCUUAGCAGGAGGGGCAAGGGAUCUCAGAUUCUCAAACACGUUCAUUUCAGCCGAAAGCGGUUUAGCGAGAAACAAGCAGCAGAGUUGUGGGCAGAGAACAAAGGACGAGUUUAUGAACAAUACAAAAUUCGGAUAAUCAUUGACAAAUCAAGGCUGUGUAGGAAGUGAAGACUUGUCUCAUUAAAAUUAGUUUCCAGUUGAACGCAUGGUCGCAUUCAACAUCUUCUAGGCGGCAUGGCAUAACCGAAUUUUUUUCAGAUUUUCUUGGUUUGGUUACACCAUUGCGUACUGUAUUUUAUGCAGUUUAUAAUAAAAGUUUUUUACGACGCAGGACAAAGAAACAUGUUUCCAAAUAAGAUCAAAGCUUUAAACCGGUCUACCAAAUCUAUUGCCUUAAGUUUUCUGAUUCUUCUUCUGGAGUCCCAGUAAAAUUACUAAUUUGUUGUUUCGUCCUCAAGACUUUUUUACUUUUAUAUUCAAGUUUGGUUUACAAUUUUGUUUGAAUGAAAUAAGACAAUCAUAAUAACCGGGAAGCCUUAAAGCUUUAUCUUUUAGUUCAUUUCACUGAUACACACAGUAUAAUGCAGGUAUCUUAUUACUUUAUCUCUUCUUCACAGACACUGGACGAAAUGGAGAGUGUAAGCAGCUGCCGGGUCAUGGUUGUCCGCCGAUACGGUUCUGCUGUUUUUAUUAAUGUACGUUGAGUCUCACCUCGGCAUGGGUCAUGGACAUGCUUCUGUUAAAAAUUAUAGUCUUUAGUAUUUUUAAGUAUUACGUUGUGUUAGAUUAUGUUGUUCAGUAGAAGCCUCUGUUGACUGAGAAAAUA